AUGAGUUGGAGAAGACAACAAGGUGAAGGUGGUAGCCACAGUGGUUACUAUUCUCAACCGUGGAAGAAUCAUUGGAGUUCAUUACAGAAGAAGAGAAAGCCACAGGAUCACAGCGUGAGCGUGCCUGACUGGGAAAAGCAAUUCUGUAUGAGGGCUGGCUCAGUUCCAUGGGGAAAACUCGUAGAAACAAAAAAGUAUAUGUCUCUCCACAAAAAAAUUGUUCAAUGGAACGAUUCUGCUGGCGAGGAGGCAUUCAACGAUGCGAAAAGCUGGUUCUGGGCGGAGAUCAACGGCCUUCCUUGCAACAUAUCUUUGCCGGAUCCUGACGCUUAUAUUGAUGAUGUAGAUUGGAGCUCGUCCAACAUUGAUCCUGAGGUGAUUUUGGACUUGGAAAGGAGCAGGGAACCUAAACCCUACUACUAUGAUCAUGGUCAAACCCUAGAUCCUGAGGAUGUUGUCAUUAUUGGCCUUCAUCAGACGGUCUCAAAUGAGACGGUUGCGUGCACAUGGGGUGACUGCGAUGAGGAUCUGAAAAAUAAAGAAAAUGUUCAUGAAAAUCCUUGGGAGCCUGCUUCUGGUCAUCAGAGCAAAGCUGCAGCCAUGGGUGGAGGAUGGGGCAGCAACACUUGUAACAAGUGGGAGAAUAAUUGCUCACGUGAUGAAUGGAAGUAUGGUUCAAGGAAGACUAGUUAUUAUGGAAGAGGUGAUCAUGGAGUUUCUUGGGGAAAUUUCAAGUCGGAUGUAAAUGGUGGCAGUUGGUGGCAUAACUCAAGAUAUAAGAAUUCGAGAUUUCUCGGUGAUGAUGGUUAUCAGAAAGCCGGAGGGCGGUGGAGGAAGGAGGAACAAAGUUCACGUUGGUGA